GUGAGGAGGGGCCGUGCGUAUUUACGCUCAGUGUGUGCAUGUGUUGGGAGAGAGCUCAAGAGUUCGCGGCGCGCUGACAGGAGAGUCCCGCUUAUCUGGGAGCGGGACCCGGCAUCGGUUGAUAAUCAUUCCGAGAGGAGGAGGAAGAGCUGCCUGGGAGCACGCUCUUUUGGCGUUUAUUUCACUGCCUCUCCACGCGUUCUCUCGGCUGGAGUUGACGCGCAGCUAAGAAAGAAAUCAAACAAGUUGAUUUAAAAGAAGGGUUCGAAUCGACUCUUUUAAGCGUUCCUCUUCUCUCCCUCGGUCUGACGAAGUGGCAGAGGGAGGGCCGGGAGAACCAGUCGGACAGACAGUGAAGUUCGUGCCUCCCUGGUGGAUGAUCCACCGGAUGCGGGACGAUGGAUUAACAGCUUUCUCCAGACCUUGCCGCUGCUUUUUCCCCCCUUCGCCGACCCCCUGUCCACCUCGGGAUUAUUUCAGCUCUCACUGACCGCCCCUGCACCCCCCUCGAGAUGACCCAGGAAUAUGUUUUGCGGUGCGUCCUGAUGCUCUGCUGUGUGCUCCUCUCUGCCCACGCGAGCAACUGGCUGUACCUGGCCAAGCUGUCAUCAGUGGGAAGCAUCAGGGAUGAGGAGACGUGUGAGAGGUUGCGAGGCCUCAUCCAGAGACAGGUCCAGAUCUGUAAGCGCAGUGUGGAGGUGAUGGAUGCAGUGCGUCAUGGUGCCCAGCUGGCUAUAGAUGAAUGUCAGUUCCAGUUUCGCAACCGUCGAUGGAACUGCUCCACUCUAGAGACCAUGCCUGUGUUUGGCAAAGUGGUCACUCAGGGCACUCGUGAGGCAGCCUUUGUGUAUGCCAUCUCAGCAGCCAGUGUGGCGUUUGCGGUCACAAGGGCAUGCAGCAGUGGAGAGCUGGAAAAAUGUGGCUGUGACCACAAUGUACAUGGAAUAAGUCCAGAGGGGUUCCAGUGGUCGGGCUGCAGUGAUAACAUUGCAUAUGGAGUGGCCUUUUCUCAGUCCUUUGUGGAUGUGAGAGAGAGGAGUAAAGGCCAGUCCUCCGGUCGGGCGCUCAUGAACCUACACAACAAUGAGGCAGGCAGGAAGGCCAUCCUGUCCCACAUGCGUGUGGAGUGCAAAUGUCAUGGCGUGUCAGGUUCCUGUGAGGUUAAGACCUGUUGGAAAGCCAUGCCGCCCUUCCGCAAGGUGGGCAACGUCAUCAAGGAGAAGUUUGACGGUGCCACUGAGGUCGAGCAGCACAAGGUGGGCACUGCCAAAACCCUGAUGCCUCGCAACUCCCAGUUCAAACCUCACACAGAUGAAGACCUGGUCUACUUGGACCCCAGUCCAGAUUUCUGCGACUAUGAUCCACGUACGCCGGGCAUGCUAGGCACAGUGGGCCGCCAGUGUAACAGAACCUCAAAGGCCAUUGAUGGUUGUGAGUUGAUGUGCUGUGGCCGUGGCUUCCAGACUCAGGAGGUGGAGGUGGUGGACAGGUGCAGCUGUAAGUUCCACUGGUGCUGUUAUGUCAAAUGCAAGCAGUGCCGCAAAAUGGUGGAGAUGCACACUUGCCGGUGAUGGGAGUGAGGGGCACAGGGAAGGCACUGCUAAUGAACAAAACAAACUCCCCACUCUUCUGCUCAAUUACUAAGGCCAGAGGAAGCAAGGAGAACAUGUGGAGUUCCCUCUGCUCCUGCUUGAAACCACACCAUCCUCCUACUACUUGUCAAUGGAAACAGACUGAGUGGCUGAGAGGUUAAACGUCACCCAUAUUCAUUUUAUACCACCAUAAUGGAUAUCAGUAAAUUAUGCAUGGAAUUUCCUACAAAGCUACAGAGGCAGUUUGUUUCUUCUCAAGUAGAGAGCAUCUUUUGCUUUCUGUCUCCCUCCCUCACUCUCAUAUUUAGUUUGCCAAUGAUGCUUCUUAUUUUUGUAAUGCUUAACUUAUUUGUGGAGAUUGACGGGGUGGACUUAGAGGGAGGGGACAGAGGAGUGGAGAAAAGAGACAAAUUGGACCCAUAAGUGGGCAGACCAGUGAGUGGGAUUAAGGGGUUAGGGUGGGUUCAAGACGAGGGUUGUUUGCCCUCCGUCCUUGCUGCUGCUGCUCUGGGGACUAACAUGGUGAGUUGGAUGUCAUAACAGGAGCUGCCAAGUCUGUCAAAGGAUGGACACGGACAGUAAAGCGGAACACGCUGGAGAUGCACUUUCUGCGAUGUGCUGUGCUGAGGUUCAGUUGCUUUUGAGUCAUUUAUUUCAGCAACGCCCUAGUGCUGCUCCACUCACUUACACUCAGACUUUCUGUCAGAGGAAGGAUGAUGAUGGACAGGUGAAAGCCACUGUCCGCUUGUUCCUGUCGGCCUGUAUAGCGCUGACAAGUUCUGAGCAUCAGACACACAAAACUCCUACAUACCAUGCCUGUAUUCAUCCACAGCUGCUACCUGCAAUGGGAAACCAGAAAGCUUAUAAGAAUUUCCAGAUGAGAUUUUUAAAAAUCUGUUACCAUUUCAAAUCAUAUUGUGAAAAUCCAGUGUGCUCAUUUGGUUUGACACAGAUCUUGAACUUGUCAAAUGCUAGUUGGCUUAGAGCAAACAUGAGUAAACACACAGAGACACGGCUGCACCAGCAAAUAAACACAAUGUAAACACAGACACACACACACACACACACACCAAGGGGUCUGCCAGAGGGUUGCUGAGCCUGUUCACCAUGCAUGAUGAGUGAAGCACUUUCUCUCCAAGCGCACAUAGAGCCCUCGCCCCACAGCAACAAACAUCCAACCACAUUUUCAAUUUCCCCUGUUUCUCCCUCAUACACACAGAUACACACAAUGCCACUGUCAGGACUCUCUUGUUGUCUUGUACCACCACCAUCACAGAGCCAAGCUUUCCUAUAAAUAUGUGCUAUCAUUAUAGAGGCAUAAUGUAAAUCUGUAAAGACUUAUACACUGAAGAAGACUAUACUGCCUAUGAAUGUAUGUUAAUAUGGAAUAUAUGCUGUGUCAAAAAUGUCUGUUGUCACUUCUUUCAAAAGAAACUACGUGCUCGGUGUGUGUAUGUGUGUGUGGUCUUAUUUUUCUGUAUUUGUGGUGACCAAAAACUGGAAGUACAGUGUCACUGUGGUGAUUCACCUCCUUUGUGGGGACCGGAUGACCGUCCUCACAAAGUAAAUUGUAGAAUUUUAUGAUAAGAGUAAAGUGAGGAUAAGGUUAGGGUUAGGCAAAUAGCAGUUAUGAUUAAGUUUAGUGUAAGCCUCCAGGAAGUUUCUAUAAGUUUAUGUAAAGACCCG